GCUACCUGAAGGUGUUAUUUUAGACGACGUCAUGAAAAGGCAAAAGCCCUCCGGGUCGCAUUUUAGAAGAAGAAAGAAGAGGAGCAUAAACGUGAAAAGGACAGGUUUGAUGCUCUUCUGAAAUAUUUUCCUUCCAUCUCGGUACAUCCUGGACCAUCUUUUACAGUCACCUUAUCCAGAUCAGCCCCACGUACAAGCCAGCUAAGUCCAGCACCUUCCCACACAUAAACUGCUAGUGGAAAAAGAAGCACUGUGUCUUUCUGUCCUUCUUCUUCUGAGCCUCCUCUCUCUCUCCAUCUGGUUGUCUCCCAUAUACUCCAGGCCGGCUGCAAUUAAGUGGCUUAAGCAGCCACACCUGGAGGCGUUGUGCAGCAUGCUGGGAAGCAUAGUCUAUGGUCUGGCGGCCAUUCUGACUGGAUGCUUCAUCUCUGGCCAAAGAACGUAACGGCCCUCCACUACCUGCCCCCGCAUGAUGUCACACAUCCCCUUCCUCGGCAGGUCGACAGAUGCCCAAAAGGCAUCCUGGCGGGACAGGGCAUCAGCAUUACCGGACCUGUGCACAACAGAAAACAUGAAAGGCUGCAGGCUCAAGAACCAUCUUGUUACCCUGCUGUUGGUCUACUUGUUCUUGGCCAGCCAUUGCAACGGGGAGUGGUCUGUCACCAGCGUGAAUCUCCUUCCCAACAAGUAGUGUUUGAGGGUCUCUAGUGCCCAUUUAAUGGCCAGGCACCCCUUCUCCACAUUGGCAUAAUUCUUCUCUCUUGGGAGCAGCUGCCAGCUCAAAUACAGGAUGGGAUGUUCCUCACCUCCACUGACCUGGGCCAAUACACAAAUCCCCUGGCGAAGUCGGGGGCAGUCAGAACUGGUGCGGUACACAGGGCCCUCUUGAGGUUAUUAAAUGCUGCUUCAGCUUUGGUGUUCCAGCUCACCAUCCAGGAGUGUCUCUUGGUGGUCAGCUCUGUCAGCGGGGCAGGUAUCAUAGCGAAGUUGGGGAUAAAUCGCCGGUAGUAAUUAGUAAGGGUGUAACUGUGACAUAUUUAUGUCACCCUGCUGUUGCCAUAGUGUGCACUUCCUGUGGGUGUGGUAUUACAGUAUAAAAAGGAAUCUCUGUUGUGUCUGUGACAUAUAUGAUGAGAAGCACACUGAAUAAAGAAGUGUUGUUCCAUUCCAGUCUCGGCCUUACAUGUACUUAGAGCAAGGAAGUACAUAACAAAAGUGGCGACGAGGACGUCUGGACCUGCGUCAGCUUGGACGUGCUGUUUUUGGAGUUUACUGCGGGUCGUGGUGGUCCAGGGGACAGACUGCGCCGACCUCAGCUUCCACGUCGUGACUUCGUGGGGAGGACGAGCGGAGUUUUCAAAAGGAGCGUGAAGGUGCUGUAUAACCAGGCGCUAUGGCGGGAGUUAUCGGCUCUGUUGGUCCUUUUGAUGAGCUUGUGGAACAGUGGAGCUCGUACACGGAGCGGUUCGGCUAUUUCGUGGAGGCUAACGAAAUAGCGGAAGAGAAAGUGGUGCCCACGUUUUUGAGCGUUAUUGGGCCAAAGACUUUCAAUUUACUGAGAAACUUGCCUCAACCCGAUAAACCUGGUAGUAAAACGUACAGGGAAAUCGUGGAAACUCUUAAUGGACAUUUUUUACCCAAGCCCCUUGUGAUAGCAGAGGGAUUCCGAUUUCACAGGAGAAAUCAGGAAGAGGGGAAAUCUGUCACUAUGUUCGUAGCGGCGCUGCAGAAGCUGGCUGAACAUUGUGAGUUUGGUGCUGUUUUAGAAGACACAUUAAGAGACCGAUUGGUAUGUGGACUGAGAAAUGAAGCAACACAAAAGAAGUUACUUUCAGAAAGUGGACUGACCAAGUUUGGCUAUGGAAAUGGCUUCAAAAGGAGGCUCAACAACUGAACAUUGCGAGCAGAAUACACCAAGUGGCAAGUACCCAAAGCAAUGUUGCUGGUCUCUGUUUUAGGUGCGGUAAAACAGGGCACCUUUCCUCCACCUGCUGGUGCAAAGAAAUGAGCUGUCAUAAUUGUGGGAAGAAGGGUCAUGUCGCGCGUGCCUGUCGGAAAAAAACAAGCACAGACAAAGAUAAGGAAAUAAAUGACAAGAAGAAAACAAAUAUGUCAAAGCGGUACAGAGUGCCUCUACUUCCGAAGAUGAAAGUGACGUGCACACCGUGCAUGUAAUGAGCGUGGACGGGAAGUCAGGGUGUUACUGGGUCACACCAAAGUUAGAGGGUCACACAGUCAAAAUGCAAAUAGAUACUGGAUCACAGGCAUCGCUUGUGUCUUACCAAGUCUAUAAAUAGUGUUUGAGACACCUUCCAUUAAGACCGUCAGACACUGUGUUCAAAGCGUACACUGGACACAAAGUGCACAUGAAAGGAAUGACUGACAUUACUGUGCAAUGAGAGGAUCAAACUGCUAAACUUCCAGUGUAUGUCACAAAAGGGAAUUUUGCUUCCAUCAUGGGACAACUGUGGAGUAAUGCACUUCGUGUAAAUUGGCUAGAAGUUCGGCAGCUGUCAGACGGUUCUUCACAACUACAAGUCAUACUAGACAAGAAUGAAGAGGUUUUCCGUGAGGAAUUGGGCAGCAUGAAGGACAUUACAGUGAAAUUGCACAUUGAACCAGGAAGCAAACCUGUGUUUAUGAAGGCUAGGACAGUGCCAUAUGCUAUUCGUGACAAAGUCGAGGCUGACCUGGAUGCGUUGGUCAAAAGUGGGGUUUUGGAACCAGUCACCACCAGCGAAUGGGCGACAGCAAUUGUGCCGGUUCCGAAAAAGAAUGGCGGAAGUCGCACAAGUGGCGAUUUUAAAGUGACUUUGAAUCCGUUGCUUUGUGUGGAGCAGUACCCACUUCCGUUGAUCGAUGAUUUGUUUGCAGGUCUGAGCGGUGGUCAAAAAUUGAGCAAAAUUGACCUCAACCAAGCUUAUCUGCAGAUGCAUGUGGACGAAGAAUCACGGGAGUGGCUGACAAUUAACACGCACAAGGGACUUUUCAGAUAUUGCAGAUUACCUUUUGGCAUCACAUCUGCUCCUGCUCUGUUUCAACGGGCUAUGGAUCAAAUUUUGAGUGGAUUGACAGGAGUACAAUGUUACUUGGAUGACAUUCUCUGCACCGGUGCCAACGACGAGGAGCAUCUUCGCAACCUGGAUGCUGUCUUAAAAAGGCUAAGGCAGUAUGGUCUUCGAGUACGCAAGGAAAAAUGUGAAUUUUUGAGCCCAUCGGUGGAGUAUCUCGGGCAUGUGAUAGCCCACGAAGGACUACACAAGGCUUCAUCAAAGACAAAGGCAAUUGUGGAUGCACCCGCCCCAGAAAAUAUCUCCAUUUCACCUAUAGUACAUGAGGUGUAUGAGAAUCACGAAGAUUCGAAUCCAUUCUUCAACUAUGGGUCAGAUGUCGAUCUGUUUGAGGGUGAUAUUUUUGUCAAAGAAGGAAGGAAUGCCCUGAAGGACAAAAGAUACAGAUGGAAGUUUCCAAUACCAUACAUUUUGGGUGAUGAUUUAGAUCUGAACGCCAAGGGUUGCGUACACCAGGCUUUUGAGAUGUAUCGCCUCAAAUCUUGCAUCGACUUCAAGCCUUACGAAGGAGAGAAAACCUUCAUCAAGUUUGAAAAAAGAGGAGGGUGUUUUUCCAGUGUUGGGGACCAGCAGAACGGUCAGAUUCUGUCUUUGGGCUCAGGCUGUGACCACAAGGCGGUGAUCGAACAUGAGCUCCUCCACGCUUUAGGCUUUUACCAUGAGCAGUCUCGCACAGAUAGGGAUGAUUAUGUGGACAUAUGGCUUGAUCAGGUUCAAUCAGGACUUCAACACAAUUUCAACAAAUAUAAUGACGAUUUCAUCACAGACCAAAACACGGCUUACGACUACGAGUCCAUCAUGCAUUACAGACCUUUCUCCUUCAACAAGAAUGAGUCCAUUCCUACCAUUACCACCAAAAUCCCAGAAUUCUACAAUAUCAUUGGCCAGUACCUCGACUUCAGCAAGCAGGAUACCUUGAGGCUCAACAGGAUGUACAAUUGCUCUGGUCCUCUCACCUUGCUGGACCAAUGUGCCUUUGAGUACGCCAGCAUCUGCGGGAUGAUACAAGCGUCUUCUGAUGGUGACAACUGGGUCCACACCAAGAGCACUGUUGGCGCAGAAGAUCAUACUCUCUUGGGGAAAUGCAGAGAUGCUGGAUACUACAUGCAAUUCAGCACCUCAACUGGUAGACCCCAGGAGUCUGCUCUGCUGGAAUCUCGAACCCUCUAUCCAAAGAGGACACUUCAGUGUCUUCAAUUCUUUUAUAAGAUGACCGGAAGCACCAAGGACAGGCUUGUGAUCUGGGUCAAAAUUGAUGAUGGCACAGGCACAGUUCGCAAGAUGAAAAAACUACGCACCUUUUACGCGGAUUCUGAUCACACGUGGAAAAUUGCACAUGUCACCAUAGAAGUAGAUGUGAAAUUCCGUUACGCUUUUCAAGCUGUCCGAGGGAAUCCCUCUACCUCUACAGGAGGUAUCUACAUUGAUGAUAUCAGUCUAACUGAGACACGGUGUCCCAACGCUGUAUGGACGAUCCACAACUUCUCUCAGAUCAUGGAAACAGCCAACAUAUAUACUACCAUUGACAGCCCUCGUUUCUACAGUCCUGAGGGAUACGGUUAUGGUGUGCGUGUCAAGCCCUUGUCAGAAUACACUGACUACACAGGGAACUAUACUGGGCUAUACUUCCAUCUGGUUAGUGGGGAGAACGACGUGGUAAUGCAAUGGCCAGCGGUAAACAGACAGGCUACUCUGGUAGUGAUGGACCAAGACCCUGAUAUUUUGUUGCGGAUGUCCACUGCCCGCAGUCUUACCACGGAUAUGAGAGAAGAAACAGAUGGAACGUUCUUUUGGGACAACCCUACGAAGGUGGGGGAAUAUGACCCAUCCUGUGAUUGCUACAGAGGAGGAUCACGGGGCUGGAGAAAUUUUGUCAAACAUUUUGACCUAAGGCGGCGUAAUUACCUCAAAAAUGAUGAUCUCAUCAUUUUCGUUGACUUCGAGGACAUAACACCAUUGAUCAACACAGAAGUCCCCAUUCAACCAACUAAAUAGGAGCAACUGGGUUAUGGUGACUAGAAAGAUACAACUAUAUCUGCAGUUUCUGGGAUGUGUUCAGCAAUUGAAUCAAGGUGUAAUCUAUCCUGUAAAAAUAUUUACAGGAUACAUACAUACAUUUAAUAAUAUCAAAUGCGCAGGUAUUGCUAAUGUUUUGCCUAUUAUAUUUGCAUGAUCUAGGUUACAAUAAUAGUGAGAACAUCUUAUAGUUUAACUAAAUAUUUAUGUGCAUAUAAAACUGGUGAACGAUUUGAAAAAUGAAUUUAAUGCUGAU